AAGGAAAUAAAAAACAAACGAAGAUUAUAAAUGAUAACAAACUUUGCUUGAUUAAGGAUUAAGGGAGUUUUCAAUAGAAUUUAGUCUCUUUUACAAUUUCUUAUCAUAUGAAUUAUGAAUUUACAGUUAUAAUUCAUUCAAGAAAUAUUUUAUUAAGAUUCGCUAUGUAUAUUAUACUAUGUAAAUCUAGACUAAUGCUUGAAAUAAUAGUUUAUGAACUUUACAAAAUUUGAAAGUAUAUGGGUAUAUUUAUGUUAUAUCUUUCUAUUUUAUCUUAUUAUGUUUAUAUCUUUCUAUUUUGAUCUAAUCUGAAUAAACAAAGGUAAUGGAUCUCUACCUUGAAAAAUUUUGAAUAGAUCUCCAAGAAAUGUUAAGAUAACAUUUUACGUUAUAUCGGUAAACCAUUUUUGGAUUGAUCCUAUUGAUUUUAUAGCCAAUAGAAUCACUGUAGUCUCAGAAAACUCAGAAGAAUCUACUUCGCGCACUGUUUGCUGCACAGAAAACAAUAAGAAAAAAAGUUUCUACCGCAUUCUUAGAAUAUAAUAUGCACGAAAAUGUUGAGUAACGCUAUUGUUUUAUGUAUAGCGAUGAUUUCUUUGGCGCUGUUUCUUUGUAAAACGGAACAUAAAUGUUCAUCUGGAUCUAGUUUAAUUUAUCAGUAUCAUGUUUACAUAAGAAUAUUUCGGUUAAACUAAAUUUAAGAAUAAAAAUUAUGCAAUUAAAAAUAGAUUAUCUUUUUGAACUUAGAUUUGGAGAAUAAGUUUAAUUGAACUGUCGAUUUUUGUCGACGAUUAUCAGAAUCAUUAGCGUGAUGUUGCGCGUGAUAAAUCAGCGGGUCGAAAGUUUACUCAAGAGAUAAAAUUGUUUGAGUAAUAUUAAGCGAUGAGCUCGAAAAUGUGACGGGGAGAGAAAAUGUCUUUGAAAAUGGUGUGAUUUCAUCAGUUUGCGCAUGAAAGAUUACCCUGCAGAAUCUGGGCAUGUACCGCAUAUAAUCACUGUUAUCGAAACCACUCAUUCCACAGAAGCCGCUUGAAAGCGGCCUCGUUUUGAUGCAUGCGUAUCCCUAAUUGAAAAAGUCGGCUAAAAAGUCAGCUGGUUAGUUUGUGACUGUGUGUUGUGUCGUGUUGUGUAAUCGUUAUUUAAUAUUUCCCGUGACACAAGUAGUCCGCCGUGAUGUCGUACAACGAACCUAAUAAUAAACCUAAUAAAAUUGACGUACCAAAGAAGAAAGAAAUUCAACAACGGGAAUCAAUUAUCGAAGAUGUACCAAAUGCGAAAAUUGCGGAUUUUGAAACAGCGAUCACCGUUGCCGGAACCGGGAAGUAUCAAUAUCUCCUCAUUCUUGCUAUUAUCCCGGCCUCCUGGGCAUCGAGUAUAGAUACAGCUAAUAUAUCGAUGAUUCUCGCAUCUGCGGAAUGUGAUUUAGAAUUGACAUUAUUUCACAAAGGGCUUUUGAAUGCUAUGAUAUACGUGGGUAUGGUGUUGAGUGGUUUUAUAUGGGGAUUCCUUGCUGAUGUCAAAGGAAGGAAAAAGAUUAUAAUGUAUGGCUAUAUGGCGGAUGGUAUCUGCAAUGUAAUCUCUGGGUUUUCGCAGAAUUUUGAAAUGCUUGCAGUCUGCAAAUUUCUUAGUGGUCUUCUUGUGAGCGGUCCGUAUGCUACUCUUAUGGCAUACUGCUCGGAAUUUUAUGGUGACAAAGGUAGAACAAAAAUACCAAUUUUUGUUGGUUUCAUAGUUUCAUUUGGAUGUAUAAUAAAUGCAGCGUUAGCCUGGCUAAUAAUUCCUCAACCAUGGUCAAUUGUUCUUUGGGACGGUGCGUUUGUCUAUAAUUCCUGGAGAAUUUUUCUAUCUCUCUGUGGAGUAUCAACGUUAAUAGGUGUCAUCUGUAUCUCUUUCUUCCCGGAAAGUCCUAAAUUUUUGAUGACACAAAAUCGUAAUGAAGAUGCUCUCAAAAUUUUCAAGAAGAUCUACAGUAUGAAUACCGGUCUGUCUAAGGAUAAUUAUCCUAUACAUGCUUUGAAUGAUGUGAAUUUAAAUAGGACAACUACAGAACAAUUAAAAUGUCAAAACGGUGUGAAAGCAAGCUUAAAGAAUGGAAUCCAGCAGAUAAAGCCUAUUUUCUUAAAACCAUAUUUGUCGCGUAUUUUAUUAUUUGUUACCAUACAAUUUUGUGGAAUGUUGGGUUUAAAUACUCUUCGUCUCUGGCAGCCACAACUUUUUGCGACACUAGACAACUUUCCUAAUCUUAAUAUAAAUAUAACUAAUCCCACCUUUUGCGAGAUACUGGACAUUUCGAUACCUUCCAAUGCAAAUAAAACUGCUGUAUUGGAAGUAACAUCAAAUUGCGAAAAUAUUGUUGUGCCCAAUUCAAUGUACAUCGACACUAUUCUCGUAUCGGCCAGUUCUAGUAUUUUUAUAUUAAGUUCCAGUAUCUUUGUUAAUUUUCUUCAACACAAAUAUCUUUUAACCAUCGCUUACGGAUGCUCGCUUUUGUGCCUGAUAUCUUUAAUCUGGUCUACAAGUAGAUUAACUACUCUUAUAAUCACAUGUUUAUAUGUUGGAUUAUUAAGUAAGACUCUUAACGUUAUAAUCGGCGCAACAGUUUUGGUUUUCCCCACAUCUUUGAGAGCUAUGGCAGUAAGCAUAGAAAUGAUAACAGGAAGAGUGGGAUCUAUGACCGGUAACCUCAUUUUCCCUAUUUUACUUGAGUAUGGUUGUAUAGCACCGAUUAUUAAUCUGGCAUGUUUCACUUUGCUAUGUCUGCUUCUCACGUAUUUUGUACCAAGUACACGUAAACAUGCAGUGUAAGUUACACUGGUUUUAAGAGAUCAAGGAAAGAUUCAAGCCAGAAGACAAGGUUCACAUUUUUUAUCUCCACAAUAAGAUUUUCAUCUUUGAGGAUCGUUUAGCAGAGCCGAAUUUAGAGAUUCCAAGGACCUGAAUUGAAGCUUAUCAGGAGCUAUGAUCGAGCUCGUGUUAGGGCGGACAAUGGCCAUGCAUAUACAUGCACUACACAACGAAAGAUUGUAUGAGACCUUGAGUUUCACUUUCGACACAUCCUGGAGAGCCCUCCAGCCUUCACCCACAUGUGCAUUCCCCUCUACCCCGCAGUUCUCUUCGUAUGGACGCAGCUUUUAUCGCAGAUCUCAGGACCUCGCCACCUCCGUGCGUCAUCGUCGAUCAGUGCAAUAAAAUGUACCGACGUAAAUCUUUACCUCGAAAAAUCAGAGGAAAUCGUGCCAACAAGAUGUGAAUUCUUUAUGGCUGUAAUUAAACAUAUUAUUAUCACAAUCUAUCCUCGAUUGUUGAUAAUUAACUGGAAAAAAAUGUUUCAAAUGCUUUUGAACGUGCAAAUAUGUGAGUUACGAGAAGAACAAUGAAGUGGAUUUAUGCAGCGACUAAAUAUUUAAUACAUAAUAAACUUUAUAAUAAAAUAUGGGUGGUUCUCGAAAAUUAUCGAAUAUCAAGUUAGCGGUUACAGGAUUUGUAAAUUGUUCAUGUUUUUUAUUUGUACGGCAAAA